CCCCAUUCCCAGAUAGUGGACUCGUCCUAACACUGCCAUGUUGGAUGGAACUGGCUCUGUGCUCUCUGGCGGACGGACUUCCCAGGAAACUUUUUUACGGUUUUCCGUCUUCGCUCAGUCGCUGCAAUUUUGACCUUAUUUUAAAGAGGAGCGGGACGUCGCACUGCAUCCCUAAACGGCAUACGUUUGUUUGCACCCCUGUAUUGCGAACCUCCGGGAUAAACCGACUCGGUGUGAGGGGGUCGAAGGAAGGCCACGGAUGACCGAGGGAUUGUUUAUGUAUCUUUUGGGAUCUCAUAUAACGAGUUACAGUCGGUGCAUACUUUAUAUAUUGAUCACUAAUAAUGAGUGGACAUCCGCCGCAACGGCGGCAAACAAAUGUCGGUUCAAUACAACUGACACAGCAGGAAAAUGAAUGCCUUUUCAACUACCUUGGCAGGAAAUGCAUGUCUUUGUCUUCAGCCGUGGUCCAGGUGUUCACAGCAGAUAGGAACUCCAGCUGGAACAAGAGAUGCUGCGGGGUGGCCUGUCUGGUCAAAGACAAUCCCCUACGCUCCUACUUCAUCAGGGUCUGGGACAUCAAGGAGGGUAAGAUGGUGUUUGAGCAGGAGCUGUACAACAACUUCAGCAUCUACCUCCCCAAACCUUACUUCAUCACAUUUAUUGGAGAUACAUGCCAAGUGGGUCUGAACUUUGCCAGUGAGGAGGAGACCAAGCGCUUCCGUAGCCAUGUGAACGAGCUCAUCGGGAGAAGACAGAGGAAAUCUGAGAAGAGACGCGACCCUCCAAAUGGCCCGUCAUUGCCCAUGGCGACCGUCGACAUCAAAAACCCAGAGAUCAGCAACAUUCAGCGUUACCAUAACAACUCUCAAGUGAACAACAUUGUGCACUCGUCCUUCCAAAAGAGGGAGAAAAAGGGCAAGGCGAAGAAGAAGAGGUUGACCAAGGCAGACAUCGGCACGCCGAGCAACUUCCAGCACAUCGGACAUGUAGGAUGGGAUCCAAAUACAGGUUUUGAUUUAAAUAACUUGGACCCAGAGCUGAAGAAUCUGUUCGAUAUGUGCGGCAUCUCUGAGGCUCAGCUGAAGGACAAGGAGACCUCUAAGGUCAUCUACGACUUCAUUGAGAAGAAAGGAGGCGUCGAAGCUGUCAAAAAUGAGCUACGGAGACAAGCUCCUCCGCCCCCUCCAUCCAGAGGCGGCCCUCCUCCACCGCCCCCCCACCACGGCUCGGCUCCUCCUCCCCCUCCUCCUGCCAGGGGGCGAGGUGCCCCGCCACCUCCUCCCCCCUCCAGAGCUCCCGUCUCAGCGCCCCCUCCUCCCCCUCCGUCCCGACCGGGCAUGUCCGCUCCACCGCCUCCUCCCCCGCCCAGCCGAGGCGCUCUCCCGCCUCCCCCUCCACCAGCCCAUGCCUCAAUUCCUGUGGCGCCUCCCCCACCGCCUCCUUCUUCCUCAUCCUCAACUCCACCCAGUAUCGGAGGACCGCCUCCCCCCCCUCCUCCUCCACCGCCUCCUGGCCCUCCGCCCCCUGCUCCUCCGCCCCCUAUGGAGGCUAACGGAGGGGACGACGGCGACGGCGUGCCCAAGUCGGCACUGCUGAGUCAGAUUAGAGAAGGCCACCAGCUGAAGAAGGUGGAGCAGAAAGACAGGCCGGUGUCCAGCACCGGCAGAGACGCACUUCUGGGCCAAAUCCGACUAGGAACCAAACUCAAAGCGAGGGAAGACAAUGGCGAUUCAGCGCCUUCCACCCCGGCCCUCUCGGCAGGCAUCGUCGGGGCCCUGAUGGAGGUGAUGCAGAAACGGAGCAAGGCGAUUCACUCUUCAGAUGAGGACGAUGACGAUGACGAUGACGAGGACUUUGAAGAUGAUGAUGAAUGGGAGGACUAGCGAUAUUUAUUUAUUUUUUCUCCCCAACCCGUGGAUGAUUAUGACACUAAAAUAGUUAUUGUCUUUCUAAAAAGAAACUUUAAUUUCAAAACUCUAAAUGUAAAUGUUCUAUAAUUUUUGCUGUAUAUUUUUGUUGCCUUUUUUUAUGCUUUUUUUUUUUUUAUUAAUCUGUGCAAUACCUCAUUUAAUCUGUAAAUGUUUGUCAUUCUCAUAUCUCCUAGGUCGUUGUUUCUUUAUCUCCAUCAUUUCUGCCGGCUCCAUCUCGUCUCUUGAUGGCAAUACGUCUCAUUUUAACUGGGUUCUGCUUUUCCCAUUUCUCUGCAUCUCUUCCUCAUCACCUCCAUCUGUCACUCGGCCAUCCUUAAUAUCUGCUGCCUCCCAUCACACAUGUUCCCUGUUCCCAGUCCCCAGAUUAACACGUGCAAUCUUACAUCAAGUUUUCUAUUGAACCUUUUAGAGUUGAACGUUUUGUUUUUUUUCUUUCUUUUGGUCAGUGAUUUGAAGGGAGGGCUUAGUCGCCAGAAAUCCUUCAUCGAUCGUGUCUUCAUUGUUCGUCAGGAGGGGGAAAACUAUUUUCAUACCCUAUUGCUCUCUAGUUUAUUUUUACUUAUUCAAAUGAACCUAGUUUAGCACUCAUAUUUUCUUAAAACAGAGAAGAAGAAAAAAAACGUAAAAUGCUCUUUUUUGAAUAUUUAGCUUAAUUUGCUGUCGACUGUAAAUUUGCUCCAGAGUUUGAGUCUUGUUAUAUUUUUGCACAGAUUGAAAGAGGAGACUCGCUGCAUGAAUACAGGACAUUUUUGAGGUCUGUAUCAUUAUGGAACAUGCAUAUGCUUUAAGUAAUGAGGCACUUGGACAGUCAGCAUCUUUAACCCACCACACUACAUACAGUACGCGCACAGAGGUAGCCCACAGUUAUGGCUGGCCAUCUGUCAGUCACACUACAGAUUCAGUUGAAAUUGUGCUCUUUUUCUUUCUUUCUUUUUUACCAGCAGCAAGCAGAGUAUUAAUAAAUGGCUGUUUGUUGGAAUCAGGUCAUUCAUCAUGUAAAGCUUGAGGAAUAAAGACAUUUUAGUGUUACACACCUGAUGCUUGUAAUGGGUCCAUGUGCUAAGUAACUGUACAGAAACAGCGAGGCUAACGUAGGGAUUUUCCUGUUGUAGACGACAAACGCUAGAUUCAUGGUAAUAAUUAAACGAGUAUCAAUAUUUUCUUAACUAGUAGAUCAUGAGGUGCAAUAUAGGAACUGCUUAUUAAAAAGAACUGAAUUAUUCCCCACAAAGACGAAAUACAUGCAUUUCAUCUAAACUAAAUAAUAUUUUCCAAUAAUUCAAGCUACAUGUUUAUUUAAAGGUGGAUUUGUCACAAUCGGACAAUACUUUAAAUGUCAAAUUGUAACAUCAAUUUAAAAAAGGAUUUAAAGUUGCUUAUUUAUUUUUGAUUAAAAAAUCAACUGCAAUGGCAUGACUUGUCCCGGUGUGGUAAACCCAUCCUGUCUGCCUGAAAACAAAGUAAAAGUUACACAACGUAACAUUUUUGGGGCUGUUACUUCAGCAGUCCUAUGUGGACUCUCUAUUUAUACAUUGCUUGCUAACCAACCAGAGUACAUAGGCGACAUGUCUUUCUUCAAAGCUGGACUGUAACCGGCUAAACAGCAGCUGCUGCAGCCGCAAGUAGAAAUGACGAAAAAAGGAUUUAAUCUUCUGAAACGGUAGCACAAAUUGGGAAAAACAAUAUUUAAUUGAGCAAUAUCUAUCUAAAGUUAGCUAACAUUAGCACACAGCAUAUGCUAACUGGUAAUACCAGACCAAAAAAGGCUGUUGCCUUGAACAAAGAUUUAAUUGCUCAUACAUUUUUAAUUGUAAGAAGAAAAUAUGUUACUUCCUCUUUCAAAAGUCACUUUAAAUCUUCUUAUUGAAGGGCUCCAGAACCCCUUUGACCUUUUUUAAGUGUCAAAACAUAAAGCUUGGCCUUCCAGGGUUUCUCUAUGGCUGCCAUGUUAGCAUUUCGCACAUGCUAACAAGUAGCAUGCUAUUAUUGCUAUCAUGUUGCAGGUUACUGGAGAGCUAAUGCAGAAACUUCUUUACAACAGUGUAACAAAUAUCCAGAACACCUGUCAAAAUGUGUUUUGUUUUUUUGUUUUCACAUGUCUUUGAAAGACAAAUUGCCACUCGUUUGACGUAAGAACUGACCUCUUGUCGAAUAUCAAGAUACUUUUUGGGGAAAACCUAGCCAAUGUUUUUGCUGAUGUUAGCUUCUGUCGCGGUUAAUGAGUUGUUAUGGAUGCCAAUCCUUAUCAGUGAGGCUUGACAAAUAAUGAACUCUUACAUUGUACACUCCAAUAAAAGGUUGACAUUUA